AUGAAAUGGUUAAAAGACGACUUUGUGUACCAGCAACAUCUGUUCCCAGUGAGCGAGUUUUUUCAAAAGCUGGUAUGGUUCUUAAUAGCAAAAGAACCAGACUUACAACUGAAAAAGUAUGGUGACCCAAAUGUGGACGUCAUUCCAGUGUCUGAUUUGGUGUUUGCUCAAAAGCUAUGGACGGGUAGUUUUGGCCAUAUGGUGUUGGCUCGAUAUUGUGCCACCGGUGAGUUGAAAACUGUGAAGGCAGUAAGUGCUAAAGUGGCGUCCACUUGGCCAAGAAAUGUGAACGCUGACAGAAAUGUCAUGGCGGCGAUGGGUACGUUCCCAUUUACGGCCCGGUUGGAAUGCUGGGCCGCUGACGCUGAAUGGUUGUACUUGAUCAUGCCUAUGGUUUCCAUCGGCACCCUUUUCGAGCUGGUGUCUGAACACGGAAGACUCAACGAAAACGUGGUCCGUUUUUUCUCUGCUCAGGUUGAAUUAGGUUCAUAA